GAUCUCCGUUUUACUUUCUGAAUCCUCCUGGAAUCCUGCUGUAGGGUUACACUCUCACUCCCAUUUCUCUCCAUUUUCCCGAGAAAAUCCGCCAUGGAAUUUCCCAAACCUUAAACCCAAAAUUUCCAGAAAAUCAAACAUUACUACAAAUCCCAUUUCUCUCUUUCCUUCCCAAGCAUGGUUAACAAAUCCGAACCCGGCGACGGCAACACUAAACCAGCAGCUGCAGCCAUGCCGGCGUCGAGUCUCAAAUCAGAUCUGCUCAACAACUUGUCUUUCAAAACCUUCAAACUCAAAACCAAGCAGCAGGAGCUCUUGAUUCGGGUCUCGAUCCUGUGCCUAGUCUACAUCUUAGCUUUCAUUACCCGUUUGUUUAGUGUUCUUCGGUAUGAAUCUAUGAUCCAUGAAUUCGAUCCCUACUUCAAUUAUCGGACCACUCUUUUCUUGACCCAGAAAGGGUUUUACGAGUUCUGGAAUUGGUUUGAUUCCGAGAGCUGGUACCCUCUUGGUCGCAUCAUCGGAGGCACUCUUUACCCGGGUCUCAUGGUCACUGCAGCUGUUAUUUACUGGGUCGUACGUUUUCUCCGCUUCGCAGUUCAUAUACGUGAAGUUUGCGUCUUGACUGCUCCCUUUUUUGCUUCCAAUACAACGGUGGUGGCAUACUUCUUUGGGAAAGAGAUCUGGGAUUCAGGGGCUGGACUGAUAGCUGCUGCAUUGAUCGCCAUUUGCCCCGGUUACAUUUCCAGGUCUGUUGCAGGAUCAUAUGAUAAUGAGGGUGUGGCCAUUUUUGCGCUGUUGUUGACAUUUUACUUGUUUGUCAAGGCCGUCAAUACAGGGUCCUUGUCUUGGGCUUUGGCUUCUGCUUUCGGGUACUUCUAUAUGGUUUCUGCAUGGGGAGGAUAUGUGUUUAUUAUUAACUUGAUUCCACUUUAUGUGAUGGUGCUUUUAAUUACUGGGAGGUAUUCUAUGAGGUUAUAUGUUGCUUAUAAUUGUAUGUAUGUUCUGGGAAUGCUUCUUGCAAUGCAAAUUCGGUUUGUGGGGUUUCAGCAUGUACAAUCUGGGGAGCACAUGGCAGCAAUGGGUGUCUUCUUCCUAUUGCAGGUGUUUUACUUCUUAGAUUGGGUUAAGCACAUGCUUAGCGACACAAAACUUUUUCAGGCCUUUUUGAGGAUAACUGUGACCUCUGCAGUUGGAGCUGGUGCUAUUGCCCUUGGAGUUGGUAUGGCAUCUGGCUAUAUUUCUCCAUGGACUGGACGAUUUUACUCCUUGCUGGAUCCAACCUAUGCUAAGGAUCACAUCCCCAUCAUUGCAUCUGUCUCUGAGCAUCAGCCAACAGCCUGGUCAUCUUUCAUGUUUGACUUCCAUAUUCUGCUUUUCCUUUUCCCAGCUGGUCUUUAUUUCUGCUUCAAGCGAUUGUCGGAUGCGACAAUAUUUAUAGUUAUGUAUGGACUCACAAGUAUGUAUUUUGCUGGUGUCAUGGUUCGGUUAAUUCUUGUUGCUACACCUGCAGUAUGCCUUAUUAGUGCUAUUGCUGUUUCUGCCACCAUAAAGAAUUUGACUAUGUUGUUGAGGUCAAAGAGUAAGGUUGCCCAGUCUGGUUCCACUAAAGCAACUAGUAGCGCAAAGGCUUCUUCUAAGACUUCACUUGAUCAAUCACAGCCUUUCCAAAGAAAUGGUGCUAUUGCCUUGCUUCUUGGCGCUUUUUACUUGCUCAGUAAGUAUGCUACCCACUGUACUUGGGUGACAUCAGAAGCAUACUCUUCUCCAUCAAUUGUAUUGGCUGCAAGAGGUGCCCAUGGCAACAGGGUUAUCUUUGAUGAUUAUCGUGAGGCAUACUUUUGGCUUCGGCAAAAUACUCCUCCAGAUGCUAAGGUGAUGUCUUGGUGGGACUAUGGAUAUCAGAUCACGGCCAUGGGAAACAGAACUGUUAUUGUUGACAAUAAUACAUGGAACAACACACAUAUUGCUACCGUUGGACGUGCCAUGUCAUCUUAUGAAGAUGAGGCAUAUGAGAUAAUGAGAUCACUUGAUGUUGAUUAUGUAUUAGUUGUCUUUGGGGGUGUGACUGGUUAUUCUUCUGAUGAUAUUAACAAAUUUUUGUGGAUGGUGAGAAUUGGAGGAGGAGUAUUCCCUAUAAUUAAAGAACCUGAUUACCUUGUUAAUGGCGAGUAUCGUGUUGACAAAGGUGCAGCUCCAAAAAUGUUGAAUUGUCUGAUGUACAAGCUGUGCUACUAUCGAUUUGGAGAGAUGGUUACAGAAUAUGGCAAACCUCCAGGGUAUGACCGUGCACGUGGUGUUGAAAUAGGUAACAAGGACGUUAAACUUGAAUACCUGGAAGAGGCAUUUACAACAUCAAACUGGAUAGUUCGUAUCUAUAAGGUUAAACCUCCAAAUAAUAGAUGGUGAUCCCCGUGUGUGGGGCUGAAGAGACAAUCGUAGCUGAAAUUGAGUGCUUGAGAGUUAGAAUAUAGCAUUUAGCUGUAGCAGAGAACCAUGUUUUGUGUAGACACCGAGUUUUUUCAUGUUCGAGACUUUACUAUCAAGAAACCAUUUUUGCAGGUUUUACUACCUCCUCUUAGAUCCUCAAUUGCUUAGCACACUGUUACUGACUGCAAUUUAGAGUGGUUUCAUGUUCAUGCACUGCAGUGAAAGGGGUUUGCACUUACAAUAUGGAAACUGAAAAGUACAUUACGUCAGGGAUUUCAUUCCAAUGUCUAAUACAUAAGUUUUCGACUG